UCUGUAAUGAUAAAAGGAUGAUUAACUUCUUAAUGAUUACUUGGUAUAAAUAUUGCAGAAUUGAUAUAUCGUUUCUAGAGUGGUCCAAGGUGUCGAAGAGUACAUUAAAAAAUGAGUGCAAUGAAAUUUGUAGUUUUAGCAUUUUGUUUGGCCUUUAUGGCUCUAACUGCAGUAGAGGGGCAGCAAACCAAUUGGCUCAAACACGACCUUUAUGACUGCGUCAGGUGCUUGUGUCAUGCUAGAAGUGGAUGCUGGAUCAGACAAAAUUGUGCCAGGUACUCAAUUUCAGAGGAUUACUGGAAGAAAGGAGGUUCCCUCACUGUGUCUCCAAAUGAAAAAUCAACAGAUCCAUCAGCGUAUAGCAAUUGUAUGAAGGAUGAAAACUGUAUUGUCGGUACUAUCAUUCAGUAUACAGGUCGCUUCGGAGAAGAUAUGGAUUGCAACUGCGAUGGAGUUUUCGAUUGCAAAGAUAGAGCAGCCAUUCAUCUUAUGGGAGCCAGUUGCGAAAAUCCUAAAUUUGGUGGUACUUUUGCCCGGCGAUUCAACGAAUGUUCAAACAUGGUUGGUACUAAGAACAUGUUGUCCCAAGAAGGAAAUGAUAAGUGUACAGUACCUACAGUAUUCUAAAAGUGUAAUAUAAUGUUUGAGUAAAUAUAUGAUUUAUUUAU